CUUUCUGAAAUGCGUUCUGAUGUCGUCGUCGAAAUAAAAGGCCAGGCUGUAUCGUCGCGCGCCGCCUACUUCUGUCUGAUUUAAGUGUUCAAUUAUGGACGAGUAUUAAUGUAAUGUAGUCUGAAAAGUGUGACUUCAGUGCUGGAAGACAAAGCCACUGGAUCGCAGUUCAUAAAUUAACGUGUGCAACAGAUUUAAAGUCCUGCUGUACAUCCACACACCUGUUGGUCACCAUGGCAACAGAUGGAGAUGCGGAGGGGAUAGAGAUGUCAGAUGAGAAUUUUUAUGAGAACCUGGAUGACAUCAUCUCCGGGCUGGUGAAUGAGAAGCUGGAGAGUAGUGGGUGGGUGGAGGGUCUGCCACCUGGGAUGGCAGCCAUAGAGAGGGACCUGGGAAGCCUGGAAGAUCAGCAGGCCCGUAUCCAGGAUGUGUUCAGGGAGUCAGAGCGACUGCUGGGCGUGGCCGGGGAGAACCUGGCAUGGCAGCAGACAUGGUUCAACGACUGGAUGGAACACAACAGCAGGACUGGGAGCCCUGAAGAGAUGGUGGAUCUGACAGCUGAGGAUGAUGAGGUCAUGGUGGUAUCAGAGGGGCCAGCUACACAACAACAACAACUACAGCAACCACAGCAACAAGCACAACAGAGACAAGAACAGGAACACCAGUCUGAGCUGCCGUCCACUCCACAGGCAGCGACUGAGGAGGAGACUGUUCCUACAGCACCCCAACCACCCCAGACUGAGAGCUCAGUACCAACAACCAAUCAGGAGUCAGGAACAUCCUCUGAACAGCCAAUAGCAGACCAGAAUGAGGAGCAGGUCCAGAGAGAGGUAGUGAAAAUGUCGACUGCUGACGUCGGACCACCCUCACAGGUUGCUCCAGGAACAUCUGACCCUGUGUCUGUGGAGCUGGCUGUGGGCAUGAGACUCAUGGGGAAGAAAAAAGAUGACAUCUGGUACCAGGGUACCCUCAUCAAGAUCGUCCCUGAUGAGAAGGGACUGAUCAAGUACAAGGUGAAGUAUGAUGGGAAAGGGAAGGGCCUGUUGUCAGGAAACCACAUCGCGUUCUCCGAGACAGUGGGGCAGGGAGUACUCCAUGCUGGCAGCAGGAUUGUGGGUCAGUAUGUGGAUGAGGAGGGGGACUCUGUCCAGUACCUGUACGCUGGGAUCGUGGCGGAGCUUCCGUCCAAGAUGAACCGAUCCCGUUAUCUCAUCUUCUUCGAUGACGGCUUCGCAACCUACCUCAAAAGGGACCAAAUACACCAGGUGUGCAAGCCUAGUGCAAAUGCUUGGGAGGACGUCCACCCCAACUCCAGGGAGUUCAUCAAAGAAUACUUACAGGGAUAUCCCGAGCGAGCCAUGGUAAAGGUGAAGGUGGGACAGAAGAUCCGUACGGAGUGGAACGGCCAGUGGUGGGAUGCGCGGGUAGACUCUGUGGACGGGAGCCUGGUCAAGAUGUAUUACCCCACGGACAAGCGCUCGGAAUGGAUCUACCGAGGUUCCACAAGGCUCUGGCCGCUGUAUGAAGCUUUUGCUCAUCAGGAGCAGGCUCAGACUGAGGGAUCUAAGUCCAUCCGCAGCCACACCAUGGGGAAAACACGAGGCCCACAUAUCGAGUACACACGUGCUGAGGAGGAAGCAGCAAAACGCAAGACCACAGGUGCAGCACAGAAGAAGCCAGCCUCUGCAUCAGCCUCCAGUGCCAGUCAGUCCAAGCCCCCCUCCCGCAGCAGCACACCGCGCUCCUCCAGCACUGUAGACUCCAGCAGCCUUUCCUUUGAGAAACUUCUUACAGAAGACAUCGAAAAACUGCAAGCUGGUUCCAAACUGGUGCCAUCCACAAGCAGUGAGCUUCAGAACAGUGGAGGGGGGAUGGGGCGGCCUGUUGCCAACAGAGAGGCCUGGUUUCAGAUCGCUGGUGCCACGCAGAAAAAGACUGUGACUAGCCAGCAGUCAAACACUACUGUGAAACAGACAGUGACCAGUCAGCAGUCAAACACUGUAGUAAAACAUGUGGUUCCCACCACAGUGAAACAGACAGUUACUACCACCCAGCCCCCAGUCACAACCACAGCUCAGAGAAUAAACAGGCCUCUAAAGAAGCAAGUGGCAAGAAAAAGUACUGGCCCAAGGUCAAAAAAGCCAUUUCCUGACCAGUAUGUACCCCCAUCUGUUGGCAGAAAAGACAUCGCAAGUAUCCUCCAGAAAAGGUUGAUGGAGGAGGGAGAUUCUAACAGCCGUUCUAGCGAAGACAGUGUUGUGGACAUCACAGUAGAGACUGACCCUAUGGAGGUUCCCACUCCCAAGAUGGUGAAGUUCAGUCCACAUCAAUGCACUCCGGCAUGUGUCAGUCAUGUCCGUCCUGCCAAUCCUGCCCAGUACAGAGGACGGGGAGCGUGGCCACACAUCAACCCCCUGAAAGUGCCCAUCUUGUACCAAUGGGAGAGGUACAUUGGGAAGAAGCGCCCUGGUGGCACUCGAGAUGUGUCCUACCGGACCCCGUGUGCUCGCAUGGUGCGGAACGUCCGGGAUGUCUCCUGGUAUCUGAUGCAGACCAAGACUGACUUCCUGUCCAUCGACCAGUUCUGUUUUGACCCUUACGUGAUGCUGGACAACAUGAGACCGGAGAAAUACUUUGUCAAGAUUCCAGACAUCUCCAAUGGCAACGAAGAUGUUCCCAUUUCUUGUGUUAAUGAAAUCAACCACGAACAUCCCGACAAUGUUGGUUACACCAAACAGCGUCUCCCCACACCAGGGGUGGAGCUGAAUCUGGACCCUGACUUCCUGGUGUCAUGUGACUGUACCGACAACUGUCAGAACAAGAAGACCUGUGCCUGUCACCAGCUGACCAUCCAGGCGUACCGGUCGCGCCCCGGAGGCCAGGAGGACCCUGAUGCAGGCUACGAGUACCGCAGGCUCACGGAGCAGCUACCUACAGGGAUCUAUGAGUGCAACUCCAGAUGCAAAUGUAGCAAACAAUGCUAUAACAGGGUGGCUCAGAAUGGCAUAGGUCUCCGACUACAGGUUUUCCGGACAUCCAAACGGGGAUGGGGAAUCCGAUGUUUGGACGACAUCCCCCAGGGAGCAUUCAUCUGUAUCUACGCAGGGCAGCUGCUAAACGAGGACACAGCCAACAAGGGGGGGAACAUGUUCGGUGAUGAAUACCUGGCAGAGCUGGAUCACAUUGAGAUUGCUGAAAAGUUUAAGGAAGGCUACGAGAGCGAUGUUCCAGACAGCAGUGGGAGUGACUUGAAUGACUCUGACAGCGAAUCAGACAACAGUAGUUCUGCAGAGGAACCCUCCAUAACCUCCUCCACGUCUCCUGAGCCUGACCUGGACAACAGCAGUGACUCUGACUACAAACCUGACAUCACAGACAAGCCAGGAGACACCAGCGGAGCUGUCAAACUCAUCCUGCGCCGAGAGUCCCGGGGGUCAACAUCCGGCAGGUCAGGGAAAACUACCGACCAGUGGUCUGUGAAGCCUCAAAAAUGUGACACGGACAAGAAAGUGGAAUCCUGGAUAGAGAAGAACCUCUCUGAAAAGAAAUCAGGGGACACAGGUAGCCAAUCAGAGAGUAGGUCCUCCUCUGGUAGAAACACUCCAAAGCAGACACACCAAUCACAGGACAGCAAGCCUGGCCUUCCACAGCCAAAUAAGGAAGACCAAAGCCAAUCAGUGGAUACAAAUCCAGCCAAGAAGGAAUCAUCCGUGCAUGAACAAGAAAGGCACAAUAUUUUUGAUAUAAUGGAGUUUUCUGAAUCAAAAGAUGGAACCAGCAAGACUCCAGACCGUGAAGUACAAAAGAAAGGAGACACUAAUCGCUCCUUCCAAGAUGCCUUAAAAGAUAUGAAUGUCUCUAUGGAAUUGUCACCCAAAAAAGCACCAGGACAGCAGGGUACAGUGGGAGCAAAGAAAGACUCUGGCAAGGAUGAUGGGAUGGCAUGUCCAGUUGUAGAAGAGAAGGAGGCCAUUGAGGGGAAAGCAGAAAGAAGAGAGGGUGAUGUACAAGACAAAACAGGAAAAACAGAAGGAGAAGAGAAGGAUAAGAAAGGCAAAGACGGUAGUUCACCAAUGAGGCACUAUGGGUACCGUAUAGAUGGUGACCGCAUUGUAGGACUGAAGAGGAAACACAGGAAGAAGAUUGUUGUAAAGGCAUCCUCCUCCAGUGAGUCUGAAGAGUCCAAACCUAAACCAGCCAGUGGGGGUUGUGAGCUGAUGAUUGUUGGCGCAACAUCGCUCGCUGUCGACAGUGGAGAUGAAACAUCCGACAGCGAGAAGGGCUCAUCAUCAGACAAGGGGAAGAAGAAAAAGGAGAAAGACCAACUUGAAGUCCCAGCCCCGGUCCUAGAUGACACCCAGCAGCCAGUGGCAGUACUGCAGCCCUCACCUGACAGAAGCACCAGGAAGUAUUUUGGAGAGGAACAUUGUUAUGUCAUGGAUGCCAAGGUCAUAGGCAACUGCGGCAGGUACCUCAAUCAUAGCUGCUCGCCAAACCUGUUCGUACAGAAUGUGUUUGUGGACACACAUGACCUUCGCUUUCCCUGGGUAGCCUUUUUCUCCAGCAAGCGCAUCCGGGGAGGCACCGAGCUGACCUGGGACUACAACUACCAAGUGGGUAGUGUAGCAGGCAAGGUGCUGUACUGCUACUGUGGGUCGGAGGAAUGUCGAGGCAGGCUGCUGUGAGGAGGGUUCAGUUCACUGGUGCAAGUUUGUGCCCUUUGCUGUGGAAGGAGGCCACUUCCUUUGUUAUCAUCACUCGAGAAGAAGUUUGAGCACACUAUUGAGUAAACAAAGUUCAAGCAGCAUAAAAGAUUGCUACUUCUUUGUGCCACAUGGUAGAUGCUUUGUCCCCUUAAGCAUAUUUGCACUAGUUGUGGGUCCAAAACUUCAUUCAGCAUAAAUGAAUAAAGGCAAUACAGGUAUCUUCAACACAUUCACAUGGGUGUAAUUAUCAUAGGAACUCAUCUGUGUUGGUACAUGUAGUAGUUUUUGUACAAUUCUUCCAACAUUAAGAUGUACAUCGAUCAAAUUUUCAAUAACCACUUUUUCAGUCUUACUAAAUAGAGAUGAGGUCAUUAAAGAUUUGAUGUUUGACCAAUUGCUGAUGUCAUGUAUCGGUAAGAUCAUGUGUCAAUGAGACCACGUGUCUGUAACUCUUGUGAGUUAACUUUCUAAAGUGAUUGGACAUUAUUGAUACUGAAGAAGAUGACAGUGGUUGUUGAAAAUUCAAUCCAUGUAUACCUUAGUGUAGGAAGAACGUUUAGUAUGUUCUAAACAGCUGUUAGAUUGUAAACAAAAGACAUUGAUCUUUAAUUCUACUAAAUCAUAUAUAAUUAUUGUUUUUAUAUUGAACUGAAACUAGUUGUGAAUUAUUAACAGUGAACAUACUUGGAUUUCAUGUCAAAUCAUCUUUUUUUUAUUUCUUGCAUUGUUUUUGGAGCUAUUAAAUGAAUGAAAUGUUAAAUGUUGUCACUACAUAGCAUCUCAUAUUUGAAUCUGGAGCCUCAUUGGAUUUUACUUUCUUUUUAUAUAAACUUAGGUUGAACCGAGUAACAUUUCUGUAGUUGCCCAUCUGGCAGGAUAAGUUGAUAAAUGUAUUGUAUCAAAUUUUAUGAGUUCCAAGAAAGUCAAACCAUGAACAGGUUGCAGUCAGUGCCAUGCAGUUUCCAGUUAGCAUUCACUUUUGAAACUGACAUGAAUGUAUCAAUUACUACCCUCACGAGUAGUCAGCAUACAGAGCAAGGUACCAUCCUGGAAACCCCAACUUCUCCAAUCAGGUAUACCCUCACAUUCAAAUAAAAUGCUGAUAGCUAAUUUGAUACACCUGGAAGAGCAGGUCAUAACCUUUUCUAUGCUUUUGUAGAGAGUCUUACAAUAUGGUGAAGGAAGAUCAUUUUCACAGUAGAAAAGGAAUUCCUACUCUGAGGAUCAAUGCUUUUUGAAACAUAUUGUAACAUAUCAUUGUGACAUAUUAUGAUUUAAGAUAUUUCAAACUUUUUAAAUGUUGUACAGCCCAUAUUGUGUAAUAUUUGAAGGUACAGUUUCGAGAUUUAUGGGUCCAAGGUAACCAGAUCGAUCUCUGCACCAAUCAGUGUGCUUAGCUUUGGAACUAGUAGUAGUACCAUUGUUUGGACUGAGCAUCGAUCAGCACAUUGUGCUCCAUUAUAGCUUUUACAGUCUGACACAUAUAUGAAUGGUAACGUUUACAUUAAGUUUUGUAUGUUCCAAUGCAUUUAACGACUAACAUGCGAUUUUAUACAUUGAUAUUGUUGAUGACAGUUUUGUACUAUCUGUACAGUUGUUGAAAGUUGGACUAAAACAUUUUGAAAUAAUAAAAAAACUUUCAAAUGCAAAGAUUUU